AAAGAUGACCACCAAGCGUCGUAAUCACGGUCGCGCGAAGCCGCCGCACAGCCGCGGACGUGUGAAGCCGGUACACUGCUUCAACUGCGGUCGGCUGACGCCGAAGGAUAAGGCGGUAGGCCGCUUUGUCGUGCGUCGUAUGUUGGACGCCGCUUCGGCCCGCGAUGUGGCGGAGGCCUCUCCGGUAUAUGGAGCAGGUUUCCCGAUGCCCAAGCUCUACAUGAAGCAGCGCUUCUGCAUUGCGUGUGCGAUUCACAGCCGAACCGUGCGUGCGCGUCCUGUGGAGAAGCGCAAGAUCCGCCACACCUGCAAGGUCCCCUACCGUCCGGCCGCCAAGAAGUAAGUAUCUUCUUUUAAAGUACAGCUGGUGAACUUCUUUUUCAUCAUUUCUAUGAGUUUCCAAGAAAGAAAAAAGACA